UCCUGGCUGGGACAUAUUUUCUUCUGUUGCGAAGAUAAGAAGGAACAAAAGGGGCGACGAAGAAACCUAGUAACACUGUGCGAGUGUCCGAAGCGAGCACGAAGAAGACAUGUUACAAAUGUUACCCUCUUUUUGUUCUUGUCCUUGUAUUUCUCUUGGUCGUACUAAAAGUUACAAGCCUCUUCAAUCCUACAGUAGUUCAAGCGUAUCUCCUUCUCUUGUUAUUGAUGAAGUUCAGACAGCUACUUCCCAGCGGCCCCCUCUCGUUUCGCCUUGUCCCCGCCGUCUUAUUUUGCUCAGACACGCUCAUAGUUCUUACUCUUCUGCUUCUCUCCGAGAUCACGACCGACCUCUGAGCGAAGCUGGAGAAGCUGAUGCUAUCAAAGUUUCUCAGAAGCUUCAUCAGUUGGGCUGGGUUCCUGAAUUGAUUUUAUCUAGUGACGCAGUGCGAACAAGGGAAACACUCAAGUGCAUGCAGGAAAAAGUGAAAGAGCUGUCUGAAGCUGAGGUACAUUUCAUCUCGAGCUUUUAUUCUAUUGCAGCAAUGGAUGGACAGACCGCUCAGCACCUUCAACAAGCCAUCUGUAAAUAUGCACGAGAUGAGACACUUACAGUUAUGUGUAUGGGACAUAACAGGGGAUGGGAGGAGGCGGCCUCAAUGCUCUCAGGUGCCUCUAUCGAGCUGAAGACUUGCAAUGCUGCUUUGCUUGAAGCCUCUGGAAAUUCAUGGGAAGAGGCAUUUUCUUUGGCAGGGUUUGGUGGGUGGAAGCUACAUUACAUCGUAAAACCAAAUUCUAAUGUAGAUAAUAUCGGUCAGCUGUCCUGACAAUACUGACAACUCAAGUCAAUGAAGCUUGAGAAAGAGAGAGCAGGAGAGACAUGAAGAGGAGUUCACAUCAAUUUUUGUUGAUGCUUCUCAGUGAUGUAGUCUGGACAUGUUAUACAAUGCUGGUAUGAUUAGUAAAAUUUUAAUGUUGUGGAACAGAUUUUUAUGAUUAGAAUAGGUAGAUUUACAAACAUGUUUUUCCAGUAGUUUUCUUAAUUUAAACAUUUGCGGGUUGCUGCCA